AUGAAGUCACAAAGCCUGUGGCACGCAUUUGUUAUGUCACUUGUCAGUAUCUUGCCUGUAAGCGCCGCGGACAUCGAGGAUACGGCCACCCAGCAAGUAAAAACUGCUUGUUCAGCGGCCCAGUACCUGCAUAAACUGGCGAGCAAACUAGAGCAAGCUCGACCCUCUGCAAAAGAAAUCCGGACAACCGCGAUAAAGACAGCAAUGGCUUACAGAAUAAAAGCCGCGUUCAGCCAAGACAAGCAAACAGAAAUAGCAUUCCUUGCAAUGGCGGCAGUGACCGAAGCAGGCAUUGACACACUAAACCGAGAAACGGAAGCGGCUGCCAAGCGCUACAAUGAUGCUGUGCGGAUCAUAAAGCAGCAGGAAGCCGCUAUGCUAACCUUGCACAGGACAGAGUCGACAUCAGCAAAAGUAACUAGUACAGCGCCAUCAACCGCUGCACAGCUAGAAAGCGUCACAGGCAUGGUAAAGUGCCCAAGCACGGCCGCGUUCAAGCUAGAAGCAGCCACCUGCACGCUAGACACAGAAAAAGAAGCGGUAAAAACAAACGACAUAGCUCACGAGAGCCACACCAAAAUCAAGAUCAUCGACGUGACCAAACCGGCGACGACAUACACAGUCACCACACAUUGCAAAGGGAAGCUGUCCAGCAGCUCCAUUGCUUCAACAAUGCAGGACGGCGGCUGCAUCGAAAGGGGCAGCGACUUUAACACAGCGGCCAACAACGCAAUGGCAACGGCGCUCACAAAGAAGGCAACAACUUACAGCACCAUUGAUAUCAAUCUGUUCACAAAUGUGGAAACCAAAACCUGCACGCAAAUCAACCCGACGGCCCCAUACACAGAAUACGACAAGGAUACUCUAGGAAAUGCGCUCUGCAACAUCCGUCAGCUCAAAAAACCCACUUAUACACCAAUACACCGAAUAUCAUGGGCAGCGGUUAGAGCAGACGACAAACUACUGCAGGCACUAACGGACCUGAUAGCCCCAGGUGGAAAAGCACCAACAGAGCAGCAGGCAAAAAAGGCUCUAACAGACGCUUACCUCGGCAGCGACCAAACCGCGUUCACGGCACGAAUAACAGAUUCGAUUGACAAGACGCCACUCAAUCUGAAAGUAAGAGAAACGACCUUCGACAAGACGAUCUUCGAAACAGCAGGUACCGACAGCGCUGCAACGGUGCUAACAUUUUUGCAGGGCAAACAGCUCAUAGCCUCAAGGACGGCAGCAACUGCAUCAAGCAGUCCUGAAGUGAGAAAAGAAAUAAGCAAAAAAUGCGCAGCGAUAACCAACAAAGAAAAGUGCAAAACAGAAGAUGGCUGCGAAUUCAAAGAUGGAAAUUGCGUGGCAGCAGAGAAGAACAAAGGGGAAGAAAAGAAAGAGGAGAAAUGCAAGGGGAAAGGAGAGAAAGAUUGUGGAGAGGCUGCUGGCUACAAAUGGGAGGGUGAAACUUGCAAAGAUUUUAGUUUCCUCCUAAACAACACUUCGCCCUCAUGGUUUCUGCUGCAUUUAUGGCUUUGCUUUUCUAAAAGAAUUUUCCCCUUCCCUUUAAAAAGAAUUUUGCUAUCUGAUAUAUUUUAA